UUGUCUUGCCUGGAAAAUCACAUCUUCACUAUGCGCGUGGCUGUUGAGCCAGCUGCCUGGCGUGGCCUGGAGACAGAUCCCAACCCGCUUUCCUCGCCAACUGCCAGCCGGCUAAGUGACGAAGAAAUAUGCAUCAGGAGAUUGGUUCAAUUUGGAUCUAUCUUUACGUAUCGCGCCGGAUUGAUUUGGCCAAAUAAGCUGUGA